UGCAUUUUCUGAUAAAAGUAAAAAUAAACAAAAUCAUUUUCGGCAAAUAAAAAUAAAAUUUAAGUUUUUUUCAACCAAAAAAACAAAUGUUUAAAUUAAUGUAAAUAAUAAGGAAUUGUUAAAUUUCACUUAAAAUAAGUUAUGUUUCUCAAAUUAUUGACAAACUUCCAUAAACAGUGAACAUAAAUUGAGUGGCUAGAUGAAAGAGAUCGAUUUCUUCCACUCUCCCGACUAAUAAAAAAGACAUUGUGCAAUUAUUUUCUUCUUAAAUUUUAUAUUUAUCACUCGUAUCUAAGAAGAUUGCAAUAAGUUAUGCUUUCGAAUGGUUCUUAUGAUUUCCUCAAAAGGAAAAUUCAUCAUUCUAGCUCAACAAAACGGAUGACUUCAUCAUUAACAUAAAUCAGAAUCAGACUGCGUGUUUAAAACGACAAAAACUGGGUGCGACCGGCCACCACUUCCACCCAACUACACCCAACUCUUCGACACGGAUAGGGAGAUAAACCGACCGAAUUUAUGAAACAUAAUCAUCAACCUAAUUAAUAAAAACCAAAAGGGAAACACUGACAUAAGUCGGGAUCAAAUUUCAGGAGUUUCUAUUUUUCUAAAUUGGUUAAUUGUAUUUAAUUAAUUGAGGUUAAACGUAGUUUGAGAGGCGGGUACAAUGGUUAAGGUGGUCCAAGCAUAUAAUUUCCCGAAGCAGAGCACAUAUUCUGUGUUUGGGGAGAUUUUGGCAGCUACUCUGAUUGGAGCUGAUAGGAUUGCAGUGAGUAGUGCAGGACACUUUGUUGAGAUCUAUGACAUCGGUGACACAAAGACUACUACCUUGUCUAUGGACGCUGAUUCGCGCAGAGAGCCUUCUCCGCCUAAGUACUCUCUGCCAACAGUUGGUGAAGUCGUUGACUUAAUCUACAAUGAUGCGGGCAAAUAUUUGGUUACUUUGGAGAAAGACAACAUCAACUGUCCUCUCUAUGGCGAAGGUGAUAAAAUGUUCGUUCGUGUGUACCCGAACUUUUGGAAAUUCCCCGAAGAAAAACUGAUUGACUAUCCCAUCACAAUUCGCAUUGCUUCGAUGACUACACCAAAACUGCCACUUGUCGACAGCUUAGAUCUCAUUGAACUGCCCCUCAGGAAUCCCCCCGAAAUGAUUGAGUGCUGUCAAUCGUCGGGAAACAUAAUCGUCGCCAGCAAGGAUAGGCUUUCCCUCUACGAGUACAUGACUUGCACCCACGAAACACACCGCUUCACAUACGUUGAUUUUCUGCCCUUUAAAUUCUUUGUCAGCCUUAAUUUUGUGCCGCUGAAGAUCUCACUCUGUGAAAAUGUUAUUGCAUGUCUUAACAAAAUGUUUGUGGUGGCUUUUAAAAUUGUCGAUAUUGUGGCAAUGGACGCGGAUGAGGAUGCUGAUAGUAAUUCGAAUGCCAGUCACUUGAGUAAGAUGAGUGGGGGACAAUCGAGUAACAACAGUUUUGAGACUGACUCGCUGGAGACUUGUUCACGUAUUGGAUUUAAUGGGACACCAGUGGAUUUCAAUGUGGCUCGUAUUGUGAAUUCGGCAUGUGGGCGGGAAUUUGAAAUGGAAUUGAAGUCGCAGUGGGAGCAGGAGGAUACAAAUACUCGCGACAUUAACAUAGUCCCAACACGUGCUAGCGAUAUCAAAAUCAAGUUAAUCAGCGAAGCAAAAGCUAUGAAUGUUGCUCAAAUUUCCACGAGCAACAAAGAUGAUUUCACUGUUCAGUAUGACAUAAAAAAACUAUUGCAAUUGUGCAUGAAAUCAACGGAACCAAGCCAUCGAAUAAUGGACAUUUUAAAAUGCAUGGAUUUGAAACCAAUAUACCAACGUAUGCCAGAAAAUGAAAACAAUGAAAACUUAGGCCAUGCCAUGGUCAAAGACAGUCAUCCCACGAACACACGCUCCCUAAAAUCGAAUAUGUAUCAAUUCUGCGUGGGCUAUUCGCUUCUGAUUGCAACAAGUGUUGAUGGAUAUCUCUAUCAGUUCUGUGCUCAAGGAAAAUGGUACAACGAUAACGAAAAACCAAUAGCCACUUAUUCUUUCACUGCACCUGUUAUCAAAGUUCAUAUAAAUGACUUUGUCAUUCAUGCAAUCACAACAGAAUCUGUUGAAACGCAUACUUCUAGAGUUGGACAUAAAUUGUUUGCCAACCGAUUUGAAUAUCCAACGGUUAGUAGUAUGUUUCCGGAAGAAUCGAGUCCCGAUAUCAAAGCUUCGAUAUCAGUUAUUGGACUGUGUUCGUUCAUAAAUGUGCAGUUUGUUUGCAUUGCUCGCAAAAGUCUUGUGCUAAUAAGUAACAGUCUAUUUGGUGAUGUCGAAGAAUUUGGUGGUAAGACAAAAAAACGGAAUGUUCGAAGCAGUGUUAAGGGUUUAAGUGGUGCUAUGACCCGAAGUAGUGGUCAGAAUGUAAUCAACGAGUGGACCUUAUAUAAAUUGACCAUUCCAAGUGUUGGGGUGGUUGUGGAUGAUUUGGAAAAUAUUGCUAUUGGAUAUAAAACAAGUAGUCCGCAUACGUUCUAUGAGCUAAUGGAAGAGGCACACGUGAUGUUGAGACAAAGUAAUUGUUUGCAGUUUAAUUUUUUCCCAGACGAACGCAGGAUGUUGCAGGAAAAAUUCGCAAAAAAUUGUAGAAGUUUGGCAGACUUUUCUAUAAGAUCAUGCAAGAAGGAAGUUUACGUUCAGGCAACUGGUUUUUAUAAAAUGUGCAAUGUCCUGCCGGCUGAUAUCUACACCAACUUCAUUGAUGAACUCAAAGCACACAAAGAUAUGGGCUCGCAAUCAGAGCAAGUGUUCGUUGGCCUAAUAUAUACUGUUAAACUGUUCCUUUUGAGUCUGGGAGUUGAUCGCAGCAAAGCCUCAUAUCUUUAUCAGGGUGUUACUUCGUAUUUUGGUGAUAGAAACAAGGAAAUUUCUCUAGCGCUAGAAUUUCUCGAUAUGUUUAUUAAAUAUUCACCCAACGAUAUACCCACAGUGAUGCUAGGCUCUCCAGUUGUGUCUGACAUAAUAAGUGCAGAGAUACAGGCUUAUCUUAGUGCAAAAAAUAAAUUGUCUUCCGAAGAAAUGCUUCUCUUGGCAGUGUGCGCAUGUCGAUCGUCGAAUUUUGAACUCUCUCGGCAAGUUAUCGCUCAAUCGAAACGGAAGGCACUUGCAACAGCACUUAUUGGACACAAAAACGUACUCUUCGACGAUCAGUAUAGUCGUGAUAACGGAAUACGUUCGUCGUUUUCGGAUUUUACAGAGAAUGUAUUAAUGUCUAUUGACAGACAAGAUCUCAUCGAGGCCAUAAGUGAUGCAUUUAUACAUGCAUUAUGUAUUGAACACAGUAUUUCAUUGGAAACUCUUCUCACACUCUUCCUAAACUACAUUGCUACUCACAUUGGUGUGAAGGGCUAUCAUACCUCUCAAAAGGUCUUUGUAAACGCCCUUCAAGUCUACUUCUACGAUAUCUACGAUGUCAGCCCAAAUACAAAUCACACCAAGUCUAAGAUCUCUGAAGAGUAUUCCUCUCAAGCAAUUUCUCUCAACGAAGAUUCUGUUAAUUCCGAAGGCAGCCACAUAAUUUUUGAAGAACGACGUAAUUCGGUUAACGUCGUAUGGGAGCCCCAAGCCAGAAUACCCAAUGAAGCGGAUCCCGUAGUCGAUAUUAACGGAUCCGAUUCGGCAAAUGGAAGUCUUGUGGAUAUGAAUACAUCAGAUGCUAAUUUGAAAGGACUCAAGAUACUCUUCCGCAUUUAUCUGGGCCAGCUAAAAGCAAUAACCGAAAAUAGUGAUUAUGAAACAAUGUUCAAAACUCAUGAACAUUCCCCGGAAACACUUAGCAUUCGCACAGAAUGUCUUAAAUUUAUUGCUAGGCAUACGGAAGCAUUGAAACAAGUACAUUGCCAGCAAUCUACGCACAAUACGGAUAGACUAUGCAAUGGAGACAUCGGCAAGUUUAUUCCAUUUAUUCCCGACUACAAAACAUUUGACGAGAACUCUGAUGAGCCGUUCUUACGACCUGUUGCGUGUCUUAACGAUCGUCCCUCGUAUCUCAAUCACUUGAAACCCUUCGGGAGUGAGUUUUUCAGUAAACCCGAAGAAGGCGAGCAGGAUGUGCAUUUCCUAGGUUGGGGCAAUGAGGCUCUGUGUCUGACGUUAAAAAUUCAAUCCCUUUUAGCAUCCCCUAAGUCUGAUCCUGAAAUCAUUGAGGAGUUUGUUGCUUUCGUUCAGAAGACACCAAACCUGAUUGGCAUCGACAGUUUUCUUAUAAUCUCCCUGCCCAAAACUCUCUCUAUCAAUUAUUUAAUUCAUUUCUCACCGGAAACUCUCUGGCGAUAUGGAAAGUCACAUGGAUUUGCCCCAAAACAAUGGGAAACACUUUUGAGGAAGAUUGUCAGCAAAGAAAACGUUUUACCGAAUUGGAAAACACAUAUCACUGAUAUUCUCAAUAACCUAGUUGAAGAAUUUUCAUUUGAGGAAUUGCUUCAGUGUUUUCCACCCGAAGCGACCGCUGGACGGACUGAACUAUCAAGCUGCAAUCAAACGGAUUUGAUAAAAGAAAGACACUUGGCUAUGGACAAUAUUGACGAGUCGAAUGUCUUCGAAGUGACACUGCGCAGAGCAGUCUCGAAGCAGCGCAGCUUAGCACUACGAUCAAUGAUUGAGUCGACUGGAAGUCAAUUAUUCGACGCAACCAAUAAUCCUUUAUAUAAUUUAAAUUAGACAUAAUAAUGUGUAUUGUAAAUGUUGCAUGAGUAUUUAUUUUGUGCUCAUGAACUUAGUUUGUAGGAAUGUUAAAUCGAUUUAUCUUUCAACAUUUGAAGGCAGCAUUUUUAAUAGUAACGACAUUUUUAUGUAGUACAACAUAACAUUAUAUAUUUAUGCAUUUUUUUUUAUUUUUAAACAUUUUAUUGAAAUUUUAUAUUUUAUAUCGAAUAUAAUUUAAUUAAUAAUUGCAAUUUUUUUGACGUUUUUAUCAAAAUUAUGUAUAGUUCAAAUUUAUUUUAAUUAUUUAUAGUAUUAUGAAUUGGACAUUUUAAACUUUUUUAAAUAUUUUGACUAACAUUCUUUUUAUUUAAAUUUUUGUUUGUGUAAUAUUUAUUUUACAUAUAUACAUACAUACCUACUUUGC